AUGUAUGAUCCCGAUGAUCAGAGUUGGGAAACACUGGCUGUGAGUGGCUUGGCCUACGCUGUCGCAUUUCUUCCAUCGGCGGAUACUUUGAUCAACAGUGCUGUUGUCGCAAGCAUACUGUCUGCGUGGUGGAACCCUCAGUUUGUGCAAGUUUUCCGUGGAUUCUCUCGACACCUAUUGGGAUUUACACAGUGGUACUCUUUCCAGGGUCUCAUCGUCUUCUUCCGUUUUCUCUUCCGUCGUGUUUUGGAGAUGGAUGGAGGCCAGGCGCAAUCUCGAAACGCUCAACUCAGUGCGCACUUGGUUAUGUCGGUCGUUAUGAUCAUGAUAUACUUGUCAGCGAAAAGGUCUAUCAAAGUCGAUACGACUCCUCUUUUCGGCAGCUCCGACACGGCAUUCUCGCCAAAGCAACCUAAAACUCCCCGAAUCAAGAGAGAAGAGCCAAAGACGCUUUCCGAUUUGCUCAACGAAGCACUGGAUUCACCUACGCCUACUCAUCAUAUCGACCCAUCGCCUCAAUCGCACAUCAGCUCGUUUACGCCACGCACAUACGUACCUAGUAGCCCCUUGAGGCCCCCGGAAAGCCCGUUUAAUCGAUUUGAUAGCCUCAACAUCAUCCCGCAUAAGGUGCAGGAAGUCCGGGACUCGGAUGAGAUGGACUGGACACCAACAGAGUCUCAGACUCCGGCGCAGUCCCAGUAUCGAGCUUUCCAGGAUUCGCCACUCUCAAGUGGACGGAGGAGACCUUUUGGCGAGGCGCCUGUGGGUAAUACACAGAGUCCAUUUUGGUACAAAGUUCCUGCCGCACCUAUCACACCAUCUCAACGUCUACGGAAUCCUCCUAAUGCGCCUAUCUUGAGGAGCAAGCCUGUGCAGCAGGAGAGUAUUUUCUUCCGAGGUGCUGCCAGAAACAAGGGCAGAGACGAAGCUGAGGAGAGUGAAGUUGCUUUCAAGCCACCCAGCUUCUUUGCGCCCCAGGAGAGUAAUGAUGAGGCAAACGGGUUAGCCGAUCUCUUGAGCCAGAGCUUCACUUUAGGCCAGGAGCCAAGUGAACAUGAGCAAGGGUCCCCAAAUCGCUUUUCUGGUGCUCAUACUCCUGGUACCCCACAAUUCGAAAGGCUCGGUGUCGAGUUCGUCACUUUAGCUGUGUUGCUUGUCCUAUGGAGCUUGACAACUGUAUUGCCGAUGCCAUUUGGCCGUGAGGUGCAGCUUGCUUUGUUGUCUGCAGUAGGAACCAUCGCUUUGCGGGUGACAGGCGAAGCGAGUCGGGAACCAAAGGAUAACAGAGCUCCUACAGCUGCGAAAUACGUGAGCUCCAUGCUGAGCGUGUUCGAGCUGGCAGCGGUAUGUUGGAUCGGUUGGGAGACAUGGCAGGGAAAUACGGAUGGUGGCAAGUACGGCGUUGGAGUUUUGACGGCCAUGCUGGGUCAUCAGGUUUGGAGUAGUUCGAUGUGA